AUGACGCUGUCUCAAGAGGAGUAUCAAACAAUUGGCAAACUACUACAGGCCUCCAGGGAGGUAGUGGUGGAACUGGGCCUUCCAGUUGAGUGUUCUGUCCUGUGUGGUAGGAUUGUGUCCCCUAGAAUCUGCCCCUCACUCACACACCUAGGCACACUGGUAGAGAAACUGAGGCCAGGGGUGGCCCAGGAGCACCAAGCCUCAGCCAGGUCUCUUGUGGCCUCACUCUCCUGGUUACUGGGCAUCCUCCCAUUUAUUUUGCUGCAGGUGAAGCGGAGGCUGGACCUGGAAACUGACCAUCAAUACCUGGCUGAGAGCAGCGGGCCAGCCCGGGGCAGAGGCCGCCACCCGGGAAAAGGUGUGAAAUCCCCGGGGGAGAAGUCACGCUAUGAGACGUCGCUGAAUCUGACCACCAAACGCUUCCUGGAGCUGCUGAGCCGCUCGGCUGAUGGCGUUGUUGACCUGAACUGGGCAGCUGAGGUGCUGAAGGUGCAGAAACGGCGCAUCUACGACAUCACCAACGUCCUUGAGGGCAUCCAGCUCAUCGCCAAGAAGUCCAAGAACCACAUCCAGUGGCUAGGCAGCCAUGCAGCAGUGGGGAUUGGCGGGCGGCUUGAAGGACUGACCCAGGACCUCCGGCAACUGCAGGAGAGCGAGCGGCAGCUGGACCACCUGAUCCACAUCUGCACCACACAGCUGCGGCUGCUUUCCGAGGACGCCGACAGCCAGCGCCUGGCCUAUGUGACCUGCCAGGACCUUCGUAGCAUCGCGGACCCUGCAGAGCAGAUGGUCAUGGUGAUCAAGGCUCCUCCCGAGACCCAGCUCCAAGCCGUGGACUCCUCGGAGACCUUUCAGAUCUCCCUUAAGAGCAAACAAGGCCCCAUCGAUGUUUUCCUGUGUCCUGAGGAGAGUGCGGGCGGGAUCAGCCCCGGGAAGACCUCGUCCCAGGGGACAGCUUCUGGGGAGGAGGACAGGGCAGCUGACCCUGCCACCACAGUGCCACCACCAUCAUCUCCCUCCUCAUCCCCUGCCACGGAUCCUAGCCAGUCCCUGCUCAGCCUGGAGCAAGAACCUCUGCUUUCCCGGAUGGGCGGCCUGCGGGCCCCCGUGGACGAGGACCGCCUGUCCCCGCUGGUGGCGGCCGACUCGCUCCUGGAGCAUGUGCGGGAGGACUUCUCCGGCCUCCUCCCUGAGGAGUUCAUCAGCCUGUCCCCCCCCCACGAGGCCCUUGACUACCACUUUGGCCUUGAGGAGGGUGAGGGCAUCAGAGACCUCUUCGACUGUGACUUUGGGGACCUCACUCCCCUGGAUUUCUGAUGGGGCUGAGAGGGGCCAGGGCCUCCUGAGAUGCCCAUCCUGUCUCUACAGCCCUGGAGCCCCCUGUCCCUGGCUGUCCUCCCAGCCCAAUUGGAAAUGUUUAAUUUAUACCCCUCUCCCCUGUCUCCAGAAGCUUCUGGCUCUGGAGUCUGGCUACUGCCAGGAGGCUGAGCAAGCCAGGAAGGGAAGGAUUCUGUUUGUGGUGUGUAUGUGCAUGCACCCAACACCCAACAUGUGUGUACACGGGGUGAGUGGUGUGUGAGCAUGUGUGUGUGCAUGUACCGGGGAAUGAAGGUGAACACAUCUGUGCGUGCACUGAAAACACGCCCCAGUGUGUCCACGUGUGUGUGCAUGAGUCCAUGUGUGCGCGUGGUGGGGGCUCUAACUGCACUUUUGGUCUCCUUGCUCCAGGGGCCCCACGAGGCCCAGGGUGGCCACCUGCCCCCAGAAUCCUGCGUGCUGACCAGGCCGGGUGGCGAGGCCUUGGCCUGCUUGUUUGCAGGACAGCGAGAGCACUUCUGUCGUCUUAAAGGUUUUUCUGAUCGAAGCUUUAAUGGAGCGUUAUUUAUUUAUCAAGGCCUCUUUGGCAAGCCUGGGGCACCAGCAAAGGGUAGGAGGGGUGUGGGGCUGAUGCCCUAACUCCCUGUACCCCUGAGCGAAGGGUGGGGGUCCCUGAGCUGAUUUUUGCCCCAUUCCGAAGGAGCUGAGGUCUGAGCGGUUUAUUUAUUGGGAAAGUGAGGGAGGGAGACAGACUGACCAACUGACAGCCGUGGGUGGAUUGAGGGGCGUGGUCCCUCCCCAGGGGGUCACUGCAGGGCCUCAGCUGCCCCCAGGAUGGAUGUGAGAUGGGAGAGGUGAGUGGGGGACCUUCGCUGACAGGGUGGGCAAGAGGGGUGGGUGAAGGGCCUCCCCCUGCCCAGACCACAGGGGCCCUCCUGUGGCAUUUGAAGUGCCCCCCUCCACCCCACUUGCUCUGCCCCAUCCUCCAAUCUGCACUUUGAUUUGCCUUCCUAACAGCUCUGUUCUCUCCUGCUUUGGUUUUAAUAAAUAUUUUGAUGGUGUUU